UACGCGUGCAAUUACCACUUAUACAAUAUGAAUCAAAUUGCAGAAAGUGCUAAAGAAAAGAAACCAGGAGUGUCGAGCUGUAGCACUAUGUACAUGUACUGUACAUUUUCAACAUAUCAAGCAGUAGGAACCACGAAGAUCCAAUUCAAUGCCAGAUUCGAUCGUGACAGUCAGGCCUUCAUCCCGCGGAACUGGCAACCCCAGGGAAGUGCUACUGUAGCAAUACUACUACUCUGUACAGCUUCUAGCCUAGCCUCCUCUGUGAGAGGAGAGUAA